CCUCUAUCGUGUUUCUGCUCUACGUACUGUCUUGUUGUUGGACACUGGUGAUCCAGCAUGAAAACCAUCUCCAAUGUCUACGCCGUGUGUGGCUUCGCUGCCAUUGGCGGCGGCCUUUUCGGCAUGGACAUUGCAACUAUGAGCGGAGUUUUGGGGACAGAGUCCUACAGGAGAUAUUUCCACCACCCUGUCUCUUACACCCAGGGCUCCAUAACUGCCUCCAUGCCCAUAGGCUCCAUCUUCGGCGCUUUAUCUUCCUCCUUCGUCUCGGAUCGUUUCUCGCGUAAAAUCGCCAUUCAGGUCUCAUGUCUGCUCUGGGUUUUGGGAUCUGCCAUCCAAAGCGGCGCCAACGGUAUUCCAGCUCUAUGCAUAGGUCGCUUCGUCUCCGGAGUCGGCGUCGGUGCUGCAUCAGCCAUCGUACCAGUGUACCAAGCCGAAAUCGCCCCCAAGGAAAUCCGAGGCCGCAUUAUCACUCUCCAGCAAUGGGCUAUUACCUGGGGCAUUUUGAUCCAGUAUUUCAUCCAGUACGCCUGCUCGUUUGUGGACGGUGGCGCCAAGAACCCUGCGCAGAGCACCGCCGCUUUCCGCAUCCCCUGGGGUCUGCAAUCUAUCCCUGCGUUCAUCCUCUGUAUUGGCUUGAUGUGGUUCCCGUACUCUCCGCGCUGGCUCGCGUCGCAGGACCGCUGGGAAGAAGCCGUCACCGUGCUGGCUGACCUCCACGCUGGUGGCAACCUCAAACAUCCCAAAGUUCUAGCUCAGUAUCGCGAGAUCGAGGAAGCCCUCCGCUUUGAAAAGGAAUGCCGUGCAGCUGGAUGGGCCGCACUCGCUGAGCAUAAAAUGGCGAAGCGGCUCGUCAUAGGCACGUCCGUGCAAAUGUUCUCCGGGUUAUCUGGGAUGAAUGUAAUGAUGUACUACAUAGUCUACAUUAUGGAAUCCGCCAACAUCGGCUCUCCCUUGCUGACGGCUAGCAUCCAAUACAUCAUCAACGUCGCCAUCACCCUCCCCGCGAUCCUCUACAUCGACCGCUGGGGCCGCCGCCCGACGCUUCUUCUCGGCUCCCUCAGCAUGGCCACGCUCCUCUUCAUCUCCGGCGCCCUACAAGCCGGCUACGGCUCGCCCGUCCUCCGCUCCGACUCCCCUGACGCCGCGCUCAGCUGGCACAUUGUCGACAACCCGCCCGUCUCCAAAACCAUCGUCGCGUGCUCCUACCUCCUAGUCGCCACCUUCGCCACCACGUGGGGCCCCGUCAGCUGGACGUACCCGGCCGAGAUCUUCCCGAACCGCAUCCGCGCCAAAGCGACGAGCAUCACGACGGCGGCGAACUGGAUUUUCAACGCCGCGCUGGCGUUUGCGGUCCCGCCGCUGCUGUACAGCAUCAACUGGAAGAUGUACAUGAUCUUCGGCACGUUCAACAUGAUUGCGUUCAUCCAGGUGUUUCUGAUGGUGCCCGAGACGAAGAACUUCACGCUCGAGGAGAUGGAUGUCGUGUUUGAGGGGCGGCCGUGGGCGAAGGAGCGGCCGAAGGAGAGCAACCUCGAUGACUUGGAGCAGCAGAUUGCGUGCGGGGCGCUGGACGUGGAUAUCCAUAAGGAGGGCGUCGUAACGAUGCUGGGGGAUGUGGGGAGUAUGGGUAAAGGAGGCAGGGAUGGGAAGGCGAGUUCACUGAGCGAGAGUGAGGACCAGAAGCCGAUUAUGGUGGAGACGGCGAUUGAGAUGACGAGUCGGCCGCGGAGUAGUUAUGAGAGUGAGGGGAGGGUUAGGGAGAGGGAGUUCUAGGGACGCGUUGGGCGGCAUUCUGGGUACU